ACCGCGGUCUUUGUUUCCAGUCGGAACUAUUUUGGCGACCCACUUCGGUGCCGGCGCCGCAGCACAGCUGCAUCCGGUCGCGCGCCUCUGCAAAAGUUUGCUGACAUGUUAAACCCACAAACGGAUUCCGGGGCGCCGCGGCGCCGCACGUCGUUGACUUAACAGUUGUGUUUUACGUGCGAAGUAAGUUCUAAGUUGUUUUUGUUUUUUUACGUUGGUCCCCGAUGCACCAUGGUGCCGUUAAAGCGGAGGAAACUUUCUGACACCGGGAAGUCUGGUACUAACACCAGCGGGGGAACCGAACCGAGCAAGUUCCCGCGGGUGGUUCUGUUCCUGCUGGAGAGGAAGAUGGGAGCCAGCAGACGAGCUUUCCUAUCGCAGCUCGCGCGAAAGAAAGGGUUCCAGGUGGAAGAGCUGCUCAGUGAAAAAGUCACACACGUGGUUUGUGAGAACGUCUCCGGUGAAGACGGCCGGGCGUGGCUGAGGUCGCAGGGCGGAAGCCGACCACCGCCUCACCUGCUGGACGUCAGCUGGUUCACGGACAGCAUGCGGGCGGGUCGGCCGGUGGAGGUUCUGGACCGACACCAACUGCAGGAGCUGCAGGCCGGAGAACCGGAGGUGGAGGUGUUCUCUGUGCCGAGUUAUGCCUGUCAGAGGAGAACCUCGCUGGAGAAUCACAACGCGCCUCUCACGGAUGCCUUGUCGCUGUUGGCUGAGAAUGCAGAGCUCAAUGAUGAGGAGGGGCGAGGGGUAGCGUUCCGCCGGGCCGCCGCCUUGCUGAAGACCCUCCCCUCGGCGGUGAUGAGUGCGUCGCAGCUCCGCGGGCUGCCCUGCCUGGGGGAGCACUCCCUCAGGGUCAUCAAAGAGAUCCUGGAGACGGGAACGUCGACCGAGGUGGAGUCCACCAAAGGGUCGGAGCGCUUCAAAGCCCUGAAGGUGCUGACGGGGAUUUUUGGAGUCGGAGCCAAAACAGCUGAUCGAUGGAUCCGGGAGGGGAUCCAUGACCUUCAUCAGCUCCGAGCGUCCGGACAAGUCCUCAACCGAGCCCAGAGAGCGGGGCUGCAGCACUACGCAGACAUCAACCAGCCGGUCACGCGGGCAGAGGCGGACGCCAUCGAGGCGAUCGUGGAGAAAGCCGUCUCCUCCGUGUUACGAGGAGCUCAGAUCGUUCUGACCGGAGGAUUCAGGAGGGGGAAGCCGAGCGGCCACGACGUGGACUUCCUGAUAACUCACCCGGAGGAGGGCAGAGAGGAGGGACUCAUGCCUAAGGUGGUCUCCUGGUUGGAAGCGGAGGGUUUCAUUUUGUAUCAGAAAACUACCAGGAAUUCCUACCUGGAGUCCAAAGAUGGUCCUGGUCGCCCCCCAUCCAACAUGGACCGCUUUGAGAGAUGUCUGUCCAUCUUCAAGCUGCCCGGAGCAGCAGAGACCCCCCAGAGAGCGUGGAGAGCCGUGAGGGUGGACCUGGUGGUUUCUCCCAUCAGCCAGUUCGCCUUCGCCCUGCUGGGCUGGACGGGAUCCAAGUUAUUUGAGAGGGAACUCCGGCGGUGGGCGGGGCAUGAGAGGGGCAUGUCCUUGAGCAGCCACGCCCUCUACGACAACAAGCAGAGACGAUCCAAGGACCACAAACGUGGUUUCACCUGUCAAAAUAAAAGCCCCAAAACAGACAGUUUUAUGUUGGGCUGCGGUGUCGGCAGAAGCUUGAGAGCGUUUGGCGCCCUGCAGAACAAACCCGGCGCUCUGAAAUCCACCCACAUUUCUCCAGGAGGAGUGGCAGCGCCUCCCCGUCCAGCAGGCCCGCCCCCGCGGGGCCCCCCAUCAAAGCCCCCGGGAGCCUUUGAUGAGCUUGAUAGGGAUCAAUGGGACAGGGGAAGAGGCCUUAACUGAGCGUGUUACAGACGGGGCGGGCAACCGCUGGAGACGGCCGGCAGUGGAGAUCAAUGAUGAUGAGGCGUCAUCAGCGCCUUGAUCUGCAUGAGGAAUCCAUUCGGCAUCAAAGGGCCACAUCCUGAGUCGUUGUGCCGUCUUCACCUCUGCAGAUGCUGCUUGUGGAGACGCCGCCGUCCGGCCGGCGCUGCCUCCAACCGUCUAAAGUUCAGGAGGAUCUGGACUUCAGGCUCCGUGUGUUAAAACAUCCACCAAAACGCUGCAGAAACUUCUGCUGCUAAAAUGUCCAUUUUCUUCUUUUUGGUCAAACUUUUACUUUAUUUGUUCAUUAAGUUAAAAGACGCAACAAUUUAAAAUGUUACAUGAAACAAAAAUAUUUAAAUAUUUUAAAUAUUUUGACAGCAGAAGUUAAGAAGGUUUGGAUGAGUUCAUUUGACUGUUAACAGUUUUAACUUUCACUUUUUUAUUUAAUGUUAAAUGCUUGAAAACUUCAACAUUUUCUACGAUUUUUUUUUUAAAUAAAUGUUGCUAAAACUCAAUUUAAAAA